GCAGGAGCAGCUUUAUAAGAGCUAAAUUUACCUAACUUUACGUUGUUUCCUGAGCUCUCACAAUUGGCCAGGCGGCCUCGACUUGGAGGGUUAUAAGAUCGGGAGGACCUCCUACCACUUUUAUACUUGUUCAUGAGUCUGGAGCGCAGCUGCGGAAGAGGAGCGACCGUGAUCUAGACGCACGGACUCUGGCGCGGCUGCCGCGACUCCAACGACACAUAAGUUUGUGUAUUGUUUCACCAAACGAUGGCCUUAACAGGAGUGAUGCUGCCGUCAUUCUCGACAUUCUCUAACCAAAGAGAGAAAACCUGGGAAAAUAGGUGGAAAGGGGAGUCCAUGCUUGAACUGGUGCAAAACCUGGACAGUCAAAGCAAAAAGGACGACGAGGAUCUGAGUAACUUUUUGGAUCUGGAUUUUAUUCUCUCCAACACAACGGGGUCAGACAGCGCGGUGGAAUACCUCGGCACAACUGACCCCAGCAUGUACGCGACUGGAGGCUCAGUGCAGUCCUACCCAGCUGACGACCACCGCUCCCCGCCUCCCCCGUACGGCGCCAGCCUCAUGACAGAGCUGCUCCGCUCCGAAGGAACCAGCAGCUAUGGCGUUAUGCGUAAUCCCAGCAUUCAGGGAAGAUUUUACGUCAACACAACGCUUUACCCCCGCCCGGAAAACAUCAAGCUGGAGCCAGCCGUGGACAGUUACGGUCCCGUUAUGGGCAUGGUGCCCCAGAGCUGCAGCAAAAUCAAGCAAGAAGGCAACGUUUCUUGCAUGAUGUCCUUCGAUCAGCCUCGGGUGGCCAUCUCUCCUCGGGCAGCCAGCAACAUGACCCCGCCACUGAGCCCCGAUGACCAGGGAGCCACGGACUGCCAGGCACAGCUGUGCCAACCCAUGAACUUCCAGCAAAAGUACCACACGCCGGCGGCGUUCCAGCACCACCCUCAGGCUCCCCAAAUGCAGAUGCCCUACCACGCUCCGCAUCCUGGCUUUGGCAUGUACGAUGAAGGUCUCAACCUGCAGCCCGGCGCGCAGAGGAUGAUGCUCACUCCACCCUCCUCUCCCCUUGAGCUGCUUGACUCCAAACCAAAAAGAGGCCGGCGCACUUGGCCGCGGAAGCGCACAGCGACUCACACCUGCACGUUCGCUGGCUGCGGAAAAACCUACACCAAGAGCUCACACCUGAAGGCACAUCUCCGAACUCACACUGGUGAGAAGCCCUACCAUUGCAGCUGGGAAGGUUGCGGAUGGAAAUUCGCCCGCUCCGACGAGCUGACACGUCAUUUCCGCAAACACACCGGACACAGGCCGUUCCAGUGCCACCUGUGCGAGCGCGCCUUCUCCAGGUCGGACCAUUUGGCACUUCACAUGAAGAGACACAUGUGAAAAGAGCCCACUGAAAGGACUUAGGGGUUCUCUGGGGGAUUGUAUUAUUUCUUUUGUGAUUCAGCUGUAUUUUUUAUUUAACAUGCUCUCAACGUGGCCAAAUCAUUUUUAUAUAAUAUUGAAAUGAAAAGCAUAUGUUCUAGUGUUAUUAUUUUGUAAAAAAAAAAAAAAAAUUGAAUAAACGUAGCGGGUACUACUUUGGUUGUAUAAAAAGCUUUAGAAAAGCUUUGUUUGCUUAAGAGCAGGCAGACCAAGAAGGGGCUGGCCCUGUAUAUACUACUCUCCUUUGACAGAACUGGAAUGCUGUGUUUGACACAAAAGUGCCUUUCUAUGACUGUGCUACUGUAAAACUCUUUGUGACAGGACCAAAAAGAAGAAAAAAAAAUAAUGUAAAUGUUCUUUUUGACAGGGGUAAAAAUGCACAUACAGUUGCCUAAUGUGUGCAGAGACAACGUUUCAUUUAAACUGCCUCAGUGUCUCAACUGCCUUCAACCAUUUCUGACUCUUUCUCGGUGUGUGAAACUUUUGGAUCCAGCCCCUCUGUACACUAUCAGGGCUUGAUGUCCUGUGCAUUAUUUUUUACUUAAAUUUAUAUAAAUAAGUACCUGGAUUUUAUACUGUAAAGUGUGUAUUUAUUGUAAAUAUUAAAAAAGUAAUUAAUUUGAAAAA